CGCCGUCCCGACGCUGCUCGCCACGCCCUCCUCCCUCUCUCCCUCCUCCUCCAUCUCCCGGCCAUGUUGCGCAACGCCCUCGCCUCGCCGUCCGCCCCGCUCUCCAGGCGGUCUGCCACCACGCUCUCUGCUGGCUUUCCCAAGGUCACACAGCGCGUACGUACCCACGUAAUGCAUAUGCACACCGUGACCUUGAUUCCGGGUGACGGUAUCGGUAACGAGAUUACCGACUCCGUUAAGGAGAUCUUCGAGUAUGUUAACGCUCCCAUCGAAUGGGAGCAAUACAACGUCUCUGGCAUGUCUUCGUCCGGGGAGGAGCUCUUCAAGCAGGCUGUGGAGAGCUUGCGGCGGAACCGGGUCGGGCUGAAGGGCAUCCUCUUCACCCCCAUCUCGCAGUCCGGACACGUAUCAUGGAACGUUGCCAUGCGUCAACAGCUUGACAUCUACGCCUCCGUUGUGCUGUGCAAGUCCCUCCCCGGCUUCCCUACCCGCCACAGCAACGUUGACUUCGCCAUCAUCCGUGAGAACACUGAGGGUGAGUACUCUGGCCUCGAGCACCAGAGCUACCCCGGCGUCGUCGAGAGCUUGAAGGUGUCUACGCGCGCGAAGGCAGAGCGUAUCUCGCGAUUCGCGUUUGACUUUGCGCUCAAGAACGGCCGCAAGAAAGUCACGUGCGUACACAAGGCCAACAUCAUGAAGCUCGGUGAUGGUCUAUUCUUGAACACCUUCCGCAAGGUUGCGGAAGAGUACAAGGGCUCUGGUAUCGAGUUUAACGACAUGAUCGUCGACAACACGUCCAUGCAGCUGGUUGCAAGACCGUCGCAGUUCGACGUCAUGGUGAUGCCGAACCUGUACGGCGCGAUCGUCUCUAACAUCGGUGCUGCGCUGGUUGGUGGCCCUGGUAUUGUGCCUGGUUGCAACGUCGGCCGCGAAUUUGCGCUCUUCGAGCCUGGCUGUCGCCAACCCUGCGCGAUGAUACUGAGUGCGACUAUGAUGCUCAGGCACCUCGGCCUCGACAACCUCGCUGACAACAUUGCGAGUGCAACAUUCGACGUGAUCAACGCUGCUAAGGUCCGCACAGCUGACAUGGGCGGCUCUGCCACGACCUCGGAGUUCACUGGUGCUGUCAUCAAAAACAUCAAGCCGUAAUGUACAUACCAACGCCGGUGCGGGACGACGUGUGCUUGCUGGGAUGAGACAGGACAUUCCGGAUCUUCAUGCUUCGGUGUCAACGUGUAGAUUUUACAUUAUAUGACUACCUGCAUAUUUCUCGAUGCCUUCCGGGGA